GAAACAUCUUUCAGUACACUGAAGCUUGGAAAAAGUAUUUCUUUCUCUAGCUUGUUUUCCACUGCAAGAAGAAACUCUGAAGGCAGAGCUCUGAGUGUGUAUCUAUAACUUUACACAAACACAGGCAAGAACUUUAAACCAUCUGCUUAAUGAACUACAGUAUAUCAUAAUUUACAAAAUCAACUUGAGUUGUGAGGAGGAUACAGACCUACUUUUAUAGGUAGUUAGAAGAUUAUCACAUAAACUUAACCACGGAAAAAAUAACUUGUCAUGGAUUGAAAAGGAAUAAAGGGACCAGUAAAGGGUAACUGUUUGAUUAUACAAGGUGCAGAUGAUGUCUGCAGGUCCAUUGAGCUGUCUGUGAAUUUUUAAAGUGAAAUGAGACAUUUAGGGGCAGUGGUGGACUUAUUUUACAUCACUGUGGCUGCAGGAAGACGUUACAGGGACUUAACCAAGGUGUGCUGAAAUGGCCAAUAAAGCAUGCAAUUAAUAGCAAUUUAAAAAAUUAGUGCACUAACUUUGGAUUGUAGUUAAUUGCAAUUAAUGCAAAAAUCUUGACAGCCCUAGUAAAGACUAACACAUUUUUCAUGCUGUGAAUCUGCAUGAACUUAUAUUUUGCAAAGAUGCCUUUGCCACAGACAAAACUAGUUUAAAGGUGGAGGGCACAAAAAAAGGAAAAACUCAUUCCCUUUUUCUCUGGUAAAAAUGAUUUGACAAUGAAGACUUAUGGAGGCCACUUAGAACCCUGGUGCUACCAUAAACAAGUACCUGGUAAUAUCUGUGACACAGUUGGAGUUCAAUCAAGUUGUUUCAUUGAGUGGCAAUUUAUUUUUCCCAGCCAUGGCACUUGCCCAGUGUUGAAGAAUCUGUCAGAGUUACUGAUAUUUUUUUUUAAUAGCAACACACAACUACUAUUUCUAUUGAAAGAUAUGCAUUUAAAAUUUUAUAUCAGAAAGUUAAAGGAUAAAAAACUAUUUUUAAGCAUCAGAAAGUUUACUUCAACUGUUACAAGUAAACUCUCUCUCAAACCUUAUUAGUUGAUGAUAAUCAAAUUUCACUGGACAAAUAUUUCCACCUGUACUGUGAUUAUGCCCACCAAUACUAAAACUGUAUUUGCAGCAAUAACAUCAGGAGCAACCUGCUAUGGUUUUUGUUUUCCAUUCAAAAAUAUGUCAAGGUUCGGUACAACAAAAAGGCAAAGGAAGACACAAGACCAUCCCUUAUACAUCUGACUGCCAUAGGCUUUUUAUUAUUUAAUACCAGUCUUUGACUAGGUGUCCUUUUCAAGAAGAGUUUUCCUUUUAUUUCAGCCCUGGAGACAUCCCUUCAUUGUGCUCCUACUAUCAGACUUAUCAAGACAGUCCCUUCAUCCCACUUGACCUUAUGAAUUAAAUUUAGUUUUCGAGUAACCCUGCUCCUCAACUGACGGAUCCUUUUGAAAUGCUAAAAUCUGGGGCAAAAUCUACAUUUACAAAAAAAAAAAGAAAAGAAAAAAACAGCCUCGAGACACAGAGACUGAGAUCAGAGACGUAAGAAAAACAUCAAAGCCAAAGACACAGAGCAACAUGGGUUCAACACAGCUUGACAGCAUCCUACGUCUGUGCAGUGCUGCACAAAACAGAGCCGAAGAGAUCACCUGAGCUGUCUCAUGGGUAAAGGACUCGCACCAUCUUUGAGCUUUAGUGUCUCGGGGAUUUAAAGCUUAAUCUCUCUAUCAGACACUGUCACUAAAUCAGAAUGAGACAUAUUUUUGUCUUGAGGAAGGAAGCCAAACUUACAUCUAGAUGCCACCACCCACACAAACACAGAGCUGAGCUGCUGUUCAUUCUGGUCAACAUGCGCUACACUGGGGUGGGAGUUAUAAGAAAGAGAAGAGUGCCACCUGCUGGUCCGACCACCGUACUGUCACCCCUAACAUUUUCCCUUUUGAAACACUGAACCAUUUGCAUGGAAUCACCAGAGACCAGAGUUGCCCUUUUAGAAGCAAAUUUCAGUUGAAAUAGGAGAUCAAUGUGUUGGAUUUUUUCCCUUCAGAUGCUCAGCUGAUGAUAUCUGGCAUAUUGGAAAAGUUAACAGCUCAUCUAUUAUUAUUUGAGCUCAAAUUCUUCCUAAAGGGCAGCUCUUGGGUCAAAAGGUUUUUAGUGACAUCCUUCUCUCUUUUUAGGUGUUUCCUUGGUCUGACAUUGUCAUCUGUCCUUUCUUUUCCAGUCCUCCUUUCUUAAAUUUGGAUUUUAUUUCUCCAUGCCCCACAUUUAACCCAUAGCUUUUCCUUUUGACUUUGUCUCCUUCUUUAAUCCUUUCUUAUUUUCUUUCAGAUGUCUCUCCAGAGCUCAUAUGAACUCAAAUGGACUUAACCUUUUAGACCUUAUUUAUGCAUGUUUAUUAAGGAUGCAGUGCUGAAACCAUCUGUCUGACAGUUUUAACCUUAUGUGCAUUUCCUUCAUUAAUAUCUAGAUAUCCAGAUGUUCCUGCCCUGCCAUAACCUUUAAGAAGGCAGCAGAGCAGAAACAAGCUAAAGGACAUGUGCUGAAAUAACACAGGAGAGCUGUGAACAGCUGAUGCCGGUGGGAGAUUGGAAGGAACAUGAUGUUGAGACUCCUUAUGGGAUGCUGCAUGUGGUGAUUCGCGGGGCACCCAAAGGAAACAAGCCUGCUAUCCUCACCUACCACGAUGUGGGAUUGAACCACAAGCUGUGCUUCAACACUUUCUUCAACAAUGAGGACAUGCAGGAGAUCACCAAACACUUUGUGGUGUGCCACGUGGAUGCUCCAGGGCAGCAGAUCGGAGCAUCGCAGAUGCCACAAGGGUACCAGUACCCUACCAUGGACCAACUGGCUGGGAUGCUGCCCACUGUGGUGCAGCACUUUGGAUUCAAGAGCAUUGUGGGUAUUGGAGUCGGAGCUGGAGCUUACAUCCUAGCCAAGUUUGCUCUGAUCUUCCCAGAUCUGGUGGAGGGUUUGGUUCUGCUCAACAUCGACCCCAAUGGCAAAGGGUGGAUCGACUGGGCUGCCACCAAGCUGUCAGGUCUGACCAGUGCACUGCCUGAUACUGUCCUGCCACACCUUUUCAGCCAGGAGGAGCUGAUGAACAACACAGAGCUUGUGCAGAGCUACCGGCAACAGAUCAACAACACCAUCAACCAGUUCAACCUGCAGCUUUUCUGGAACAUGUACAACAGUCGGCGGGACUUGGAGAUGAACCGCAGUGGGACUGUUCUCAAUGCUAAGACCCUCAAGUGUCCUGUGAUGCUGGUUGUAGGAGACAAUGCUCCUGCUGAGGAGGGAGUGGUGGAGUGCAACUCCAAACUGGACCCAACCAACACCACCUUCUUAAAGAUGGCUGACUCUGGUGGACUUCCCCAGCUCACACAGCCUGGCAAGCUGACUGAAGCCUUCAAGUACUUCCUGCAGGGAAUGGGCUACAUCGCUUAUGUGAAGGAUCGGAGGUUGAGUGGAGGGCCAGUGCCCUCUGCCAGCAUGACUCGCCUCGCUCGCUCCAGGACAGCCUCCCUGAACAGCGCCAGCUCCAUGGAUGGCUCCCGCUCUCGGGCCUGCACCCAUUCUGACAGCAGCGAGGGAGUCGGGACAGUCACCCACACCAUGGAGGUGUCCUGCUGAGGAGUUAGCCUGCCAUAGAAAGAGGAAGGGAGGGGGUAGAGGGAUGGGAAGAGAGUUGGGGAGAGAUGAGAGUAAAGAGAAGGGCUGGGUGAAGGAAGUCAGACAUGAUGGAGGGUGAAAUGAGACAGUACCAUUAGGAAAGCUUGUGAAUAGGUGGAAAUAUCUCUUUCUGUCCUUUUCUAACUCCUCCAGAUCCCUUUGUCUGCCAUCUUCUUUCCUUUCCACUGUAAAAUACCAUAUGUAUUACUACUAACACCCCCAACCACCCAUGUCACCCAGCACUUAAAGAUUAGGCAUCUGUUUUUGUUCUCAGUGUCAUUCUUGUGUUUGCUAAGUGUUUCCUCAUUCUUUACUUCCCCACUUCAGCCCCCCUCCCCCAAAACACACAACAAAAAAACGAGCAAAAUUGUCUGUCAGAUUCCACACAACACUAUACCAUAAUAAGCUGCUGUUGUAAACAUGAUACUAAAAUCUUUCAGAAAUGGUGAAAGUACAGGACACAAGGAGGAAACAGAACUAUUUAGGGAACAUUAAGGAAAAGUGUUGAGCCUUUUGAAAGUUGUUUAUUAUUUACUUCUGAAUGGACAAAGUGUAAGUAUCUCUCUCUGUGUUGUUAAUAAGGAUGUUUAAUUCCUCUCUAAAAUUGGCAGGUGUGCAUCAAAAGGGGUGUGUCCAGUUUUACAGGUAGCAGAACACAGCCACUUGUAGCUGAGUGCACCUGUAGUGCUUAGAGAGAGCUUUUAUUAGUCAUAGCUAGAGUCCAACACACUAAUUUAAAGUUGUACUUGGUGAAGAUUUAACUUAAAUUACAAUUCAAUUGCAAAACAGUGAUAUUAUUUGCUGGAAUAGGUGUGCACUAGACCCUGGGAUGGGUCUGGAUGGGCCUGAUAGUUAUAUUUGUUACAGGAAAGCAUCAGAGAUGCACCUUUAUGAUUGUCUAUUUUGUAAUGAUCAUGAGUCGUACUUUUUAAGAUGGUCACAGUUCUUUAAUUUUUUUUAUGCUUGAGACAAAAUCUAAAGGCUGGAGUCUGUGAGUUCAGAUGUUAAACCUAGGCUGACAGUCAUAAGUAACCAAACCACUGUUGAUUUUAUCUUGAUUUUUUUAGCUAGAUGACAAUCUAUGACUCAGAGUUCAUCAGCAUUUAAAGGAGCACAAUCAAAUGUAGAUAAUGUAGCAGGAAAAGCAAGGAGCAGUAGGUCAGCAUGUGGAUAUGAGGAGGAAUAGAACACCUACAUCUAUUAACACACAUUAAUCAUUCACCUGUGAAGUUAUGUAGAUCUCUCAAUCAUUUAUUUGCUUGAAAGAUUACAAAAAUACACUAAUAUAAACAAAAUAGUUCAAUGUUUGAUGUUUGUACUCUAUGCAGCAUGUAGAUUAAGAAAUGCAAUGUUAUCUGUAUUAGCUCAAAUAGCAAAUUUUAUAGACUGAAUGUAUCACACUAACCAGGACAAUUCUCAUCAUAUGAUCAUUUUAAAGAUUAACCUAAACUACAUAAUCUAGAUGUGUGGUCCAUCCAGACAACAGAAGGGUUUUUAUGAUGGUGAAAUUUUCUUAGAAUUACAUUUAAGAAACAUUGGUGAAAUGUUGCUAAGUGCAGCUUUAAACUGUGUCAUCUCACAUUUCUAAGACAAUCCACUACAUGAGUAUAGACUAGAAGAAGUAUCUAUAUGUAUAUGCAUGUGAAUGUGAAAGUAAUCUUAGGGCAUUCUAGUAUCUAAGUAGUGUUCAGCAUUAGGGCAUUGUUCAUUAGCUCUUUGUAUGUGGCUAGAUAAAUAGAGCCAUGGAUGUAAGCACCAUCACUGGUCUGUAACUCCAGCGCACACGUGAACAUGGUUCUGGCCAUAGUCGGUCGACUUUGUGGUCUUUAACAUGACAAUCACACUCUGAUCCAAACCAAACUAGACCAGAGGGGCCGAGGCGGGACCAGGCCGGCCCUGCAAACUCACUUUGCAGGUUACCGCCACGCAACUCACAGUAGACUUCCCUUACAGUGCAGAGCCCUUCUGUAUUGAUAUACCAAAGCUUGCCACAUGCACCCACACAGAAAUAUCCACUAUCACACUUUUACCCCUUGCAUAGACUCAUAUUUACACAUCUUCCUGUAAGAACCAUAGUGGGCUAAGCUUUGUAGGGGAACCAAUCCAAAGAAAAAUACUCACAAUUCACAAACAAGAAGGAAUCCAUUGCUAUGUGGUUAGAUUGUGUUUUGAUGUGCUGUGUAACUAUCACUACUGUAGUACAUGUAUAGAAAUAUAGUUAUAGACUAGUGUAGCUGUGUGCUGGGAUCUGCUGUAAAACUGGACCACCAUGUAUGUAGGGAUCAGAGAUGGGGUCUCCUGGUUUUUGGCUUAGUAAUGUACAGUGUUCAUGUACCAUAGUCACCUUCUCCUGUUUGACAUUUUUUCAAAAAACCCUUUGGUCCCCUGUCAGAAGGGGCAUAGCUUCCAAUCGCUGAGGUGUGCGCUUCCCUGAGGUGGCCUGUAAGGGACGGGGCUUUUUUGGAGCCAUUUGGGCGCCAAGCUCAGAAUGUAGGGCAACCCCCAGCCACCUUAAAAAACAACCCCUUUCCCCUAAAAAAAAUCACAAGGUGCCCCGGCUCUCACAGGCAAACCCAGUCGCACCCUAAAGGGCUAUCAGCUGAAGUCACUUUUUUAAUGUUGGUAGUGUAAUUUGUGUUUCUAGACACCAGGGGGCGCAAGACUGCAGAAUAAUGAUUGAGAAUGGGUUUUUUUUUUUUUUUUUUUUUUCAGUGAAGGAAGAGAAGGGGUUAUAACCUUAAA